GGUGGGCUUUUUAACUGAAACGCACGGCUAAGUGUUCAUUUUUAGUUAGCCUACAUGUUCAGCUCUAGAUUUAGCUAUUUGCAUAACACAAGUAUUGGUUAAGUGCAGCGCAGGUAUGCCAAAGUGUAGUUAAAUCAGGCACUUUUUAAUACUUUCUUCACUUUAUACCACAAGGCACUGCAGUGAUCAUGUCGGGAAUUAAAAGAAAAAUAGAAGGAAAUGAUCCCGACUAUGAAGACAUUGCUCUGCUUCAAAACAAUAAGAGAAACAAAACGUCUGAAUAUAAUGCUCGAGAAGCAACAGUACAGAAGAUUGAAAGCAUCAUCAGAGAACAGUUUUCUUUGGAAAUGAAUACCAAGGAACAUGAAAUAGAUGUUAUAAGUCAGCGCCUGAAUGAAGCCAGGAGGAUGAUGGACAAGCUACGUGCUUGCAUAGUGGCCAAUUACUAUGCCAGUGCUGGAAUCACAAAGCUCCCAGAGCAUACUCCAAAAAGCGACCCUGCCGUGUUGAACCAUCCAGCCAUUCGCCGGUUCCUGGAGCCUCCAUCCCGCUCUUCCUCCCCUCUGAACCAGGACUCCGAAACUCCCUCACUGGGCCAUUCAGAGUCCGAGUCCCUUUCACAACAAGGAGAGGGGUCUGAGAAGAACGAGGAGGGAGCAUGGAGGGAGGACAGCUGCAGGCAGGAGCGCAGACCUGGGCGCAACACCGGCAAAGACACAUUUGGUGUGCCUUCGUCUAUGGGAGCAGAGCAGAGGGUGACGUACCACACUACUGGAGAGGAAGCCUCGAGACUCUACGUAAAGAAGACCAUUAUUGUGGGAAACGUUUCCAAGUACAUCCCUCCAGACAAGCGUGAGGAAAAUGAUCAGUCGACACACAAGUGGAUGGUUUACGUCAGAGGCUCCAGAAAAGAACCGAGCAUCGACCACUUUGUGAAGAAAGUCUGGUUCUUCUUGCAUCCCAGCUACAAGCCCAACGAUCUAGUGGAAGUCAGCGAGCAUCCCUUUCAUUUAACGCGCCGUGGCUGGGGGGAGUUUCCUGUGAGGAUCCAGAUCCACUUCAAAGACUCGCGCAACAAACGCAUCGACAUCAUCCAUCAGUUGAAGCUGGACAGAACAUACACGGGGCUGCAGACACUUGGGGCAGAAACUGUGGUUGAUGUGGAACUUCAUAGAGAUUCUCUUGGGGUGGACUACAUUCCUAAGCCAUCUUUCUCCAAGGCGAGUCAAAGGGCAGCCAGCCCCAUGUCGACCUCCUCCCUGGGCCAAACUUAUGGACACUCGAGUUCCCCCGUCUCUCUUGACUCCAGUGUUGACAAAGGUUUAAUCAAAACUGAGACCGCCAGAUCUGCAGGUGGUCCCAGUUCGGUCCUCGCUGCUGGUGAACGGACUCCAACUCGACCCAAAGCUGGUGACCGAGUCACUCUGGGUUCCCACAGCCACUCUGCCUUUCAGCCAAUCACAGCAAGCUGUAAGAUAGUUCCUCAAGGACAGCCGCCCAGUCCGUCCGAGUCGCCUGGGAAAUUGUUCCAACCAAUCACCAUGAGCUGUAAAAUCGUCUCAGGGUCUCCCAUCUCCACUCCAAGCCACUCACCGCUGCCCCGGACCCCCACCACCUCCACCCCCGCCCACAGCAAGCAGAGCUCCUCUGUGCUGAACAACCCUUACAUUAUCGUUGAUAAACCAAGCCAGGUGAUCAGCAUGGCUUCACCCUCUGCCUCCUCCACAGGAAGCCCCUCUGCCAAACAGGCUCAAGGCACUCGAUCUCCUGCACCCAAAGUUCACACCGGCACCCUCCUCUCCUCGGGGGUUAAGUGAUGGCCACUCUUCAGCUCCCAGCAAACAACCUGGCCAACUUGGCCAAUUUACCUCCAGGUACCAAGYUGUACCUGACCACCAACAGCAAGAACCCAUCAGGGAAGGGAAAGUUGCUGCUUAUUCCACAGGGAGCCAUCCUCAGAGCCUCCAGUUCAAGUCAACAGUCCCAGAGCAGCUCGUCAGCAGGUACAGCAGGCUCUCAGAACUCCUCAUCGUCUUCAGGCAGUUUACCUUCCAACCUCUCUUACACAUCUUACAUCCUGAAACAGACCCCGCAGGGUACAUUCCUGGUUGGCCAGCCUGCACAGGGAUCAGGGAAGCAGGGGGGUUCAGGUUCAGCAGGCCAUUCAGCAUCCUCUCCUGCAGCUGCUACCCAGCAGGCCAUCCGUGUGACCGCUGGACAGAAAGCAGCCAUCUUGGCUCAGGUGGUUGGCAGCUCGCAGGGAGCACAGCUGAAGUUGUCUGACGGCUCCGUGAAGACAGUCACAGCAGCAGGAGUGGGCCACAUAUCCAAGCCUGGUACCACCACGUUGAGGAUGACAGGUGGAGUGAUCACAGCAGCCUGCUCCACCCCUUCCAGUUCAGCUGCUGCAGCCAGUCAACAGGCUGCUGAUGGUGGGAAGUCUGCCUCCCAGCACCACUCACUGCUGGUGUCAGCCAGCCAAGCAGCAGUAAUCAGCGCAGCCAGCGGCGGCAGCCUGUCCAAGGCAGCUGUGGCCUCUUUGGUCAAAGGAGCAGGAAGCUCCGCCGCACUGAGCAAAACUGCAGGAAGUUCAGCCGGGGCCGUGGUGACGGUGGCAAAAGGGCUCGCAAGUAUGCCCGCCUUGAGCGUGUCCAAAGGAGCUGGGAUGGGGGCUGUGGGGGGCGUGUCCAAAAGCAGCAGCACAUCAUUAGUUUCUGCAGCAUCAUUAGUCGGCGGGGUGGCAGCUGGAGGAGGAAAAACAAGUGCUACACUCUCAGGUAUGCUGAAGAUCCACUCUGCAGGCUCCAGCUCCCAGCAGACCGUCUUAACCAUCCCGGCCAACCAGCUGAAGCAGCUCGGGGUUGGAACUGGCUCAGCUGGACUGCAAACCGUACUCAUGCCUGUCGGCAAAGUUGUGUCUAAAGGCCCAGUCUCCAACACUCCUUGCUCCUCUUCAUCCACAACCGCUGGAGCAGCUGGAGCUGGAGYCUCCCCAAGUCCUGCCAGCCAGGCUCCCCCCUCCCUUGUCCUGCCUCUGGCACAAGUGAAAACAGAACCAGGCGCCGCUACAGUGGGUCCAUCGCCACCGGCGGCCUCUGCUGCUCCAGCCUUGGCUCACGUCGCCUCUGCAGCCACCGCUGUCAAGCAGGAGCAAGGCGCAGAUACCGCUGCGCACGACCUCAUCAACACUGAGCACAUAGAAACCAUGAUGCAGCUGAUGACUGCUGUCCUGAAGAAGUUCCCUCUAAUUGUACCAGAAAAAACUGAAGACUCCCAUCCAUUUUGUGCCUCUUCAGUGGAACAGUAUUAUUCCUGGAAUAUUGGCAAACGCAGAGCAUCAGAGCUCCARCGAGCCGUGGCUGUGAAAAGGACCAUUCAGGACGUGUUGGACCGCUCCCCUCGCCUGCAGGCCCUCACMCCCCCAAAGACCAGAGAGGUGGUGCAGUGGUGCCGGCAACGGGGCCACACACCGCCGGACCCCGAGCCCCAACACAAGAACGACGACGAGUCCAUCGAGGACAUCCUGACRCAAAUCGACAGCGAGCCAGAGUGCCCGUCGACCCUCAGCAGCUAUGAGCAGCUGGUGCUGCGGCUGGAGCAGAUGCAAGCUCUGCUCAAGACCGAACCAGAGGAGGCCGAUGACGAGAUUGUCGACAUCGUCACYGUGACUCCUCCCUGCCAGAGGUUGAAGGUCAAAGAGGAGGAGGAGCAGGAAACGGAUGUGGAGCCUAAGUUUUUCCUGGGCCCCUCUGUUUCCUCUCAGUUUGUCAGUGAAGCAGCACAGCAGAUUGGGAUAGCCUUUCAGCCGGUGGAGGUUGAGACAAAUGUUUUUGCUCCGGUUGUGGAAGCCAUGAUUCUGAAGGCCACAGAGCAGUUUGCCAGCGAUAUCCUGAGAGAAUCUCUAGCUGGAGCCUACACUAAAUCCCCUCCAAACAGGGCUCCAAGAGAGAUCACAGCCAUGAACAUCCACCAGGCAGUCAGCAGCAUCCCCACCUGCGACUUCCUCACCAACGCACACAUGGGCUACCUGCCGAAGGACAACUGAGGCGAGCCCUGGCAUCGACCGGUAACUGACACACCUGGACAGACAAGAGACUGUCUGACUCAGGAGCCACGACCAAGAGAUUCUUCUCUCGUGGGGAACAUUGGCACCCAAACACAGCCCCSCCUCRCCUCGGGGUACCCGACRACAGCUAAUGUGCUGUGUUCAUAAACUCGACAGCAGAAAGGGCUGUGCAGCAGAAUAACAAAUGUCUUAAGGAAACUGUGACUUUUUUACUCCUGUUUGGAACAAAGCUGCUUCUCAUUGCUUGKGUUGCUUCAUUUAAAAGUGGCUCUUUUGUACCUCAUAGCAUCGUUUGGAUCAGGAAGCAUUUAAGUUGAGAGAAAUGAAACCUAAGUGACUUAAAGGACUGAGCAGUAACAUCAGAUAGUAGUUCUCUGUUUCCUGUUUGGAGUUUUUCUACUGAAAUGAACCAAAAGAGAAAGAAAAAAAAAAAAAACAAUAGCUGCAUUUUAGAAACUCUUAUGUGAUCAUCUGAGUGUGCCAGCGGGCACUUUUGGUGAAGUUACCGGAGAGGCUCUUGCAAAGUUGCAGUUGCCAUGGAAACCUACGAUCAUCAUUACCAAUAUCCUUUAAUGUUUUUCAGUGUUUCCCAGCAGAGGUAAUUAUGAAUCUUGCAACAGAAAAACCCACAGUUUUUAAUGAUUCUUUACUAAAAGUAACAGUGUUUUUUUUUGAUGACAGAGAGUGAUGUUGCUGAGAUUGCGGAAUCUCAUGUCUGAUAAAUGAGGCGUAAUUGUGAGUUUCAUUUUCUUAUUAAUGCUCGUCUCAUCCAUGAACAAGGUUUUGCAGGCUUUUGAGAGGCUUUCUAGUUUACAGCUGUAAUCGUACCUAUCAUGCUAACACCAGUCAGCCACAUUAAAACCACUUACAGAAUGAUUAGCUGUAGUAGCUUCUGCUAGAACACAUCUACUCCUGGCAAUCAUGUGGAAGCAUUGAUGGAGAGAAAAGAACUUACCUCAGCCCAAAACCCACAGAGUAAUAAUACACAUGACGAACUGACACCACAGAGUCCCAGUGGGUCCAAACRAGCUCUGUUUUAUGUUGUGACCAAUGGGUGUAGAUAACCAGUGAUCAUCUGACUUCUUUUUAUAUCAACACCUGAAAAGCCCAGCACUUGUGUGGAUGUUGGAACUGGUGGAAAAUGAAUGCUAAAACUAAGUGUUUUGUUAGUUGAKACACUCAUGUUGUUUUGUUGUGUGUAACCUGCAGCGUUGUAUUGUGUUCACGUCUGAACGGUCAAAAUGCCUUUUAAACCAAAUCCAAUUAGUGUACUUAACACUGUAUAUUAUUUUUGUGUGCAAAUGGAAAAUAUGAGAAAUAUUCUUAUAAUAAAGUCAGAAAAAUAUGUUUCUUUUGUGGUGGCGAGGUAGAACAGAUAUAAUUAUUCCAUAACACUUUAAAUCCAGAUUUGUGUUUYGCAUGUUAUGUGGUUUUGAAUAAACAGAAAUAGUGUAAA